AUGUCAGUGAGGAAACAGUUUAAAAACGUCUGUGUAAUUGCACACAACGGACAAGGGUUUGACUUUCAGUUUAUACUUAGGUAUAUCCUCGAAGAAACAAAAUUCACACCAAACAUCAUCCCAAGAGGAACUAAAAUUAUUUUGAUGGAGGUGGCUAACGUUAGAUUUAUUGACUCACUUAGCUACUUCCCCAUGUCCUUAUCUGCCUUACCGAAAGCUUUUGACUUACCACCUGAAAAGAAGAAAGGUUACUUCCCACAUUUGUUCAAUACAGUGGCAAAUCAAAACUAUGUAGGCCCUAUGCCUGAUAAAAAGUACUAUUGCCCAGAAUCCAUGUUUGAGAAAUCCCACAACGACUUUGACAAAUGGUAUAGUGAGCAGAUUGCAAACAAGUAUGAAUUUAAUUUUAAAAAGGAAUUAUUAGAAUAUUGUAUGUCAGACGUUGACAUUUUAGCUCAAGCGUGUAUCAAAUUUAGAUCUUUACUACUUGAACAAUGUAAUGUUGAUCCAUUUCUUGAGUCAGUAACAAUUGCUAGCGCUUGCAAUCUAGCCUUUCGCCGUAACUUUCUAAAACCAAAUACAAUUGGUCUAAUCCCUAAAAAUGGUUACCGGUCUUCUACCCAAUCAGCUGUUGCACUACAGUGGCUUACCUGGGAAGAGGAAAGACGUGGGGUGACAAUUAAUCAUGCUGGACGUAGUAAAGAGGUUGUUAUAAAGGGAAUGAAAGUAGACGGUUUCGAUGGUAUAAACAUAUACGAGUUCCAUGGAUGUUACUGGCACGGGUGCCCUAAAUGCUUCCCCUAUAAUCGUGAUACCCCAUUAAAAGAGGACCCUUCUGAUUCACUUCAUCUCCGUUACGAGAGAACCAAAGCUAAAAUUGAAAAGCUCGGAGAUGUGGUACAGAUGUGGGAAUGUGAAUUCCAUAAGAUGAAAAAGGAUCAAAAACUUAACCAUCUAGACAAAUUGCCAAUUUUAAGUACACUUCCAUUAAAUCCUAGAGACGCAUUCUUUGGAGGUAGGACAGGAAACGCGAAAACCUACUACAAAUGUGGUCCGGGAGAAACCAUACAAUACGUCGAUAACAUGUACCAGGGGGAUUGUUUUCAUGAGAGUGAAGAUAGAGCAUUGGUUGGGACAUGGACAAUGGAUGAGAUUAGGAAGGCUGUAGAGAAAGGCUACAUUAUACAGGAUAUGUAUGAGCUGUGGGAGUAUGAGGUAGCCACAUAUGAAAAAGGAGGGCUAUUCACUGAGUUUAUUGAUAAAUUUUUAAAACUAAAACAGGAGGCAUCUGGAUACCCUGGGUGGUGUAAAACAGAUGAGGAUAAGAAACAGUACAUUGCAAAAUUUCUUGAGCGUGAAGGCGAAGCUUCUAAAAUCAUUGAAAUUGAUGAGCACAGAAUUAGACGAACAAAAUAUAGAGAUAUUGUAACAACAGAGGAGGUUAAACAGUUUAAGGUAACUGGUCCAAAGAGAAAGUACGAAGGAGAUCAUGACACUCUACCCUAUGGGUACAAAAGACAGAAGCAUUAA